AUGGGAGGCGUCUUUGAUUUUUCUGAGCAGAUGCCACCUGAGAUCCUGAGACAUAUCCUCUUGAAUGUGGUCAAAGAAGAUGGAGAUGUGGCCUUCUUCAGACUGUCUCUGACGUGCUGGCUUUUCCAUGAUGUUGUUUGUGACGCAUCAUUCAGAAAAGACGCUCAUUUAGCCUGGCUUGACAGUGUUGUCGGACUUAGUGCAUACUCCAGUGACUACAAGGAGAUGUACAGAGUGCCAUAUAAAAAAAUAUUUUUCUUGAUGUGGAUGUACGGAUCUCAAAACAUUAUCAUCGCUAAAAUCGAUGGGAAAACUCAGGCAGUCUCAUUAUAUGAUGUUGAUGAUGGGAGGUUUGAAGACAGACUGCAGCUGGACAAUAAGACUGGAUCUCUGAGCAUCAGUGACAUCAGAACCAAACACUCUGGAGAUUAUCAUCUAAAGAUCAUCAACGAGACCUUCCUCAAGACAUUCAGUGUUACUGUCCAUGAUGUGAUUUUUGCAGGGUUAGAAAACAAGAAAGAAGGAGAUUCUGUUACUCUACACACUGGUGUUACUGAUUCACAGAAACAUGAUCUAAUACAAUGGACAUUUGGACCUACAAAUCCAGACAGUCUUGUAGCUGAAAUGAACAUUAAGAUUCAUGAGAUCACACUGAAUUCAGAUGAUAUAUACAGAGGGAGACUACAUCUGGAAAAUCAGACGGGAUCUCUCACCAUCAGAGACAUCAGAACCUCAGACGCUGGAGUUUAUCAACUACAGAUCUCCAACAGUAAAGAGACACUAUAUAAGAGAUUCAAUGUUUUUGUCGCUGUUCCAGAUCCGGGUCUGUCCACUGGUUAUAUUGUGCUCAUUUGUCUUUGUGUCCCGCUGUUAGUGGCUGUAGCUUUGGGUGUGAUGUGCUACAUAAAAUACUUGAAAAAAAGCAAAAAGGUGAGUGUUAUCUACAGUAAAUAUAGGAGUAGAAUUGUUUAAAAGAGUAAUUAGUUACCAUGUUUUUCUACAAGACUGAACCACAAUUUGUUUAAUUCAAAGCCUAGGAUUGUUAAAGAAGCCAACAAUUUAGCAGAAGAAAAUCUACUUUUUGUGUGACAAACAGUUUUGGAAUUCUUCUUGUUCUUAGUGAAGAAAGAUUAAAGGAAGUUGUAACACCCUAGAAAUGCAUUUAAAAAGUGACUU